AUGCCGGCGGAGCACUCGGGGUAUCUUCAGAAGUUGGGUGGGAGAUUUUACAAGAAGAAACAGACCCGCUAUUUUGAGCUUCGCGGCUCCAUCUUGUACUACUGGAAGAGAUGUCCCUCAACAGAUGAAUCGCCUCCAAUGGGUAGCAUCGACCUCGCCGACACUCAGCUCAUUGACAAUGCGAAGGACCCUAGAUCAUGGGCAAUUGAGGGGGUAAACCUCCCCAAGACGUACACGCUAAUUGCAGACUCUGAGGAUCAGAAAAAAGAGUGGAUGGAGAAGAUGUCAAAUGUGAGAGUGAAUAAUCAAGAACCGCUCAAGCCGACGAUUCACAGCAGUGAUGAGGAUGAGACAGUUACUUUGUAUGGCGGCCGAAACCGCGAAGUGUCUUUGGAUGACUUUGAGCUGGAUGCUACUAUUGGAGCUGGUUCCUUCAGUAACGUGUUUGUGGCCAGCGAAAAAAGCACUGGCAAAGUAUAUGCAAUAAAGGAAAUGAGGAAAGAGCUCAUUCAGCAGCAAAAAAUGGUUGGCAAUAUUGCAGCAGAGAGACAUAUUCUUCAGACGAUUAGUCAUCCUUUUAUUGUGUCACUCCAUUAUGCCUUUCAGACGAAGAAGUGCUUGUACCUUGUGCUUGACUUUCUACCUGGCGGAGAGCUAUUCUUUCACCUUGCCAAAGAGAAAGUGUUUGACGAGUACCGGGCCAAGUUCUACUGUGGGGAGAUAGCUCUGGCAAUUGGGUAUCUGCACAGUCUGGAUAUCGUCUUCCGUGAUCUUAAGCCGGAGAACAUUGUGCUGGACAAGGACGGUCACGCAUGCCUUACAGACUUUGGAUUGGCAAAAAUGAAUGUCAGUAGUACAAACAAUUUGACCUUCUGUGGCACAUCCGAAUACAUAGCUCCUGAGUUUCUCCUGGGACAACCGCAUGGGCGUGCAGUCGAUUGGUGGGCGCUGGGUAUUCUACUUUACGAGAUGAUAGAAGGCAUUCCACCCUUUUUUAAUGAAAAUUCCAACGACAUGUAUGAGGAAAUUCUCAAGGGUGACCUCAAGUUUGGUACCGACGAUGAUAAAGAAAGUGGCCUACCUGUGAUUUCGGAACAGGCGAAGGACCUUCUCCACAGACUUUUGGAUCGUAACCCCCAGACACGCCUGCAGGAUUUGGAGGAGUUUAAAAAGCAUCCCUUCUUUGAUGAUAUUGAUUGGGAGAAGCUCAGUCAGCGGGAGAUUGAGCCACCAUUCCGCCCUAGCAGCAACAUAUUUUGCAACUUUGACGAGGACUUUACGUCGAAAGAACCCCGGGCGCUUUGUCAGGAGGAGGAUGGAGGGGAACAGGCCAGCAUUGCUGGUUUCUCGUUUGACGGGAAAGUGGGGACCACUUAG